GAGUAUCCGGAUGUCUUGGAUUUUCUUUCCAUUCUGUUCAGUUCUGUGCUCCCAAUACCAUCUCAUCUACAUUACUAGACGUAGGCAUUAGACGUGACAAUCAACUGCAUUUGAACUGAGCAGAAGAAAUAUUAAAGACACAGUCUUCAGAAGAAAUGUCUCAAAGGCAGCCUCAUUCACCUAAUGAGACUUUGAUUUCAAUCACAAAUGACACAGAAUCAUCAAGCUCUGUGGUUUCUAACGAUACCACAAAUAAAGGACAAACCGGGAACAACUCUCCAGGAAUAGAAGCAUUGUGUGCCAUCUAUAUCACUUAUGCUGUGAUCAUUUCAGUGGGCAUCCUUGGAAAUGCUAUUCUCAUCAAAGUCUUUUUCAAGACCAAAUCCAUGCAAACAGUUCCAAAUAUUUUCAUCACAAGCCUGGCUUUUGGAGAUCUUUUACUUCUGCUAACUUGUGUGCCGGUAGAUGCAACCCACUACCUUGCAAAAGGAUGGCUGUUCGGAAGAAUUGGAUGUAAGGUGCUUUCUUUCAUCCGGCUCACUUCUGUUGGUGUAUCAGUGUUCACGUUAACAAUUCUCAGCGCUGACAGAUAUAAGGCAGUUGUGAAGCCACUUGAGCGACAGCCCUCCAAUGCCAUCCUGAAAACUUGUGCAAAAGCCGGCUGCAUCUGGAUCGUGUCUAUGAUAUUUGCUCUGCCAGAGGCUAUAUUUUCAAAUGUGUAUACUUUCCGAGAUCCUGAGAAAAACACAACAUUUGAAUCGUGUACCUCUUAUCCUGUCUCUGAGAAGCUCCUGCAAGAAAUACAUUCUCUGCUGUGCUUCUUAGUGUUCUACAUUAUUCCACUCUCUAUUAUCUCUGUCUAUUAUUCUUUGAUUGCUAGGACUCUUUACAAAAGCACCUUGAACAUACCUACCGAGGAACAAAGCCAUGCUCGCAAGCAGAUUGAAUCCCGGAAGAGAAUUGCCAAAACGGUCUUGGUGUUGGUGGCUCUGUUUGCUGUCUGCUGGUUGCCAAAUCACCUCCUGUACCUCUACCACUCUUUCACUUACCAAACCUAUGUAGACCCCUCUGCAGUGCAUUUUGUUGUCACCAUUUUGUCUCGUGUUCUGGCUUUCAGUAAUUCUUGUGUAAACCCCUUUGCUCUCUACUGGCUGAGCAAAACCUUCCAGAAGCAUUUUAAAGCUCAGCUGUGCUGUUGCAAGGCAGAGAUGCCUGAGCCUCCUUCUGCUGACACCCCUCUUAACAACCUGGCUGUGAUGGGAAGGGUCCCGGGCGCCGGGAGCACACAGGUGUCUGACAUUAGUGUGACCUUGUUCACUGGGUGUAGUGUGAAGAAGGAAGAGGACAGGGUCUAGCUUUUCAGUCAAAACUGGUAUUUUUCCUCCCAACGUGUGUAUCCAACUCUAAAUUGUGCAUAGGUGUGUGGUGUCUGGAUUUUUGUUGUUUGUGAACUGUGUUGAAAUCUUAGGAGAGAAGGAUCCCUGUAGGUAAAAGACAAACUCUGAUUUUCUUCAAAAUACAAACAGUAAUGUUACUGGGCUUUCUAAAUAAGAUGAAGCCCCACCGAGUGUAGAAAGACAAGUUUGUCUAUGCCAGUGAAUUGUAAGGGAGGUUGAACAGAGAAGGUAAAAUAAACUAGAUGAAACUUUAAAAUCUAAUUUGUUUUCAUCGUAUUUAUAAUGCUUCCAACUUCUCAUAUGCUCAUGUGAUUGGCAUAAAAUUGUGUUUGUGUUUGUUAUGUGGUGUAAAUCUAGAGAUUAUACUUUGUGAAAAGGGGAUCAAAAAGAGAAAAAAUCUCUUAUGCAGUUUUCUUUAAAAAUAAACCUUCACAGAAUGACUGCCCCUUUCCAUUAAUUUCUAUUCCAUUGUAACUAAAUCUGUGCAAAACGGUUUGGGGUCAGUAAGCAUACAGUAGUAAGGACCUGGAGCAGAGUGCUUGCCUUACUUGGGCCAACACUUACUGACUUAAUGUUCUACUUACAGCUGCCAUUGAUUAAUGACCGGGCAAAGUUAUUGUUCACAAAUAUUGUAAAGAACUUGCCCUAUUCACAGGCAGAAUAAGUGGCCCUGGUAUCAUUUGAGAGUUCCAGAGGACCCCUGUUGGAAAAAUCUAUGAACUUGCCAGCAUCUGAAAUGCUUCUUUUAAGGAAAUUCAUUUCUUUUUGGUAAGCAGUGCCCUCUUUCUAAAAACAUGCAGAAGUACCACAUGAAAUCCCUAACACCUGGUGUGCAAUUGUUAUCAAACCAUCUUCUUGCUUGAUGGGUGGGUAAAUCCUAUCAGUAUGACCUAAUUAAUCUCUGCCCAUGGAAAUCAGA